AAAUAACUUUUCAUCUCCUGAAGAAACGACCCUGUUUAUCUGUAGAUUUGUAGAGACCCCGAACGUAUAACUUCUGCCUCUGUUUCAGAUCGAAUCUUUAGAAAGAUGGCUAAUGUGUUCUUCACACUGGAGACAGAGCUUCACUCCUUCAUGGAGGUUUCGCUUAAAUCGAUCGUGGACGAAGUUUCUGAAGUUUUUCGAAACAGGAUGGUUAAAAUCACACAGUUUGUGGAAGAGAGUUUCGGGAGUGAAAUGGCGCAGCUGAAGAAGGAAAACGAGAGCCUGAAGUGGAGACUGCAGCUGUGGGAGAAGGAGUCGGGAGGAGGAGGAGAUCAGGGACAGACAGAUCGUGUUGGACACACGCUUCCCUGUGAAGUCCCUGCAGAAAUAAAAGAAGAAAUGGACACGAAACUGGAGCUGUCAGGCUCAGAGGCCAGUGGUCUCCCUGACGCUGGGGAAAGGGCUCCUCUUGAACAGCAGCACAGUGAGGAGUGGGGCUCCUGUCUGAUGCAGGAGACAGAGCUCACUGCUGCAGAAGGGAAAGAGAAACUCAGUGAGCAGCACACAGAGAGCAGACAGAUUGUUGAGGUUCUGGACUCUGUGCCCAUGAUGAAAAUGGAGUCUGAGAGUGAGACACCUGGGCUCUUAGUAUCUGAGGACUUUACAAAGAAGAUUAAUAAUCUAGAUACUAACAAUAUUAGACAAGGUUGUAACGAACUGGACUGUGACUCUGUACAAAAUCACAAAAAACAACUGUAUGCAUUUAAUCUUAAAAAGCAGGAUGUGGAUCCUCAGUUGAUUGACCCUGCAGAGCAGCAGACUGAUGUACCUGGUGAAGAGAACAGUACUAAAUUACAGCACACAGUGAAGAGUGAGGACAGGGAGGAACAACAACAGCUCCUACAGGGCUUGAUGAUAAUAAGGCCUUGUUCUGUUAGAGUGGAGAGACUGUCAUUGCAGAAGUGUUUUAAACAAAUGAAUCAUUCUUUAGUAUCUAAGAACUUUACAGAGAUGUAUAAUAAUUUGGACACUAAGAGUAUAGCAAAGCAUGUGAAUGAACUGGAGUUGGUCUCUGUUCAAGGAAGAAAGGAAGAGGAAGAAAAAGAAUUGAAAGUUUUCAGUUCCCAGUUGAUUCAGCCUUCAGAGCAGCAGACGCAUGUACCUGGCAAAGAGAACAGUACUGAAUUACUGUACUCAGAGGAGAGUCAGUACAGAGAGGAAAGAGAGGAACAACAGGGAGGCCUACAGGACUUGAUAGGAAUGAGUUCUUCUUCUGCAAACAUGCAGAGACUGUCAGUGCAGCAGUGGAUUAAUCAUUCAAGCAACGUUAAAAAUCACCAGCUCACUGCAGGCCAGAGGAUUAGGAAGACUCAUCCAGCACCUUGUUUGGAUAAUGUAGAGAAAAUGUCAGUACAGCCCAGACAGCAGCAAUGUUUUCGACAAUCAAGUAAAUUAAAAUGUCACCAGCGCACCCAUACUGGUGAGAAACCAUUCACCUGCAAACAGUGUGGGAAAAGAUUUAAUCAGGCAAGUCAUUUAAAAACCCACUUACGAAUUCACACAGGAGAGAAACCAUUCACCUGCCAUCACUGUGGGAAGAGCUUUACAGAGGCAGGCAGUGUAAAAAAACACCAACUAAUUCACACAGGAGAGAAGCCAUUCACCUGCAGUCAGUGUGGGAAGAGCUUUAUUCAGGCAGGCAAUUUAAAAACCCACCAGCUUGUUCACACACGAGAGAAACCUUUCUUCUGCAGCCAGUGUGGGAAGGGUUUUAUUCAGGCAGCCAAUUUAAAAACACACCAGCUUAUUCACAAAGGAGAGAAACCUUUCACCUGCAGUCAGUGUGGGAAGAGUUUUAUUCAGGCAGGCAAUUUAAAAACCCACCAGCUUGUUCACAAAGGAGAGAAAUGUUUCACCUGCAGUCAGUGUGGGAAGAGUUUUAUUCAGGCAGGCAAUUUAAAAACCCACCAGCUUAUUCACAAAGGAGAGAAACGUUUCACCUGCAGUCAGUGUGGGAAGAGUUUUAUUCAGGCAGGAAAUUUAAAAACCCACCAGCAUGUUCAUAAAGGAGAGAAAUGUUUCACCUGCAGUCAGUGUGGGAAAAGCUUUAUUCAGGCAGGCAAUUUAAAAACCCACCAGCUUGUUCACACAGGAGAAAAACCUUUCACCUGUAGUCAGUGUGGGAAGAGCUUUAUUCAGGCAGGAAAUUUAAAAACCCACCAGCUUGUUCACACGGGAGGGAAACCAUUCACCUGUAGUGAGUGUGGGAAGAGUUUUAGUGUGGCAAGCAGCUUAAAAAAACACCAACUAAUUCACACAGGAGAGAAACUGCUCAGCUGUAGUCAGUGUGGGAAGAGUUUUAGUACAGUAGACAACUUAAAAACCCACCAGCUUAUUCACACAGGAGGGGGACGUUUUAAGUGCAGUCACUGUGGGAAGAGUUUUAGUCAGCCAAGCCAUUUAAAAAGACACCAGCUUAUUCACACAGGAGAGUAACACUGGAUAGUACAAUACACAGAAGUUUAGAGUUGAAUGAUGAUUUAUUUUUAGUCUAUUGUGGCAUGACUUGAUCAUGAAGGUCUUUAACCCCUUAGCAGAACUCCCUGGCACCUGAAUCUGUACAGGUUCUGAACAGCAUUUCAGAUUCAGAA